AUGUGGCCUUACUCUCGUUCUCGUCUCCACUUCGGGAGGAAAAAAACUUCAUCUUCUUCUACUUGCCUAUCGGGAAAAGAGGUAGUCGGGACUCGGAACUAUUUUGACAAACUGCCAAUAGAUGUGUUGGUGGCGAUUCUGCAAAAGGUUGGGACUAUUGACAUACUGUUGAAUGUCCAGCUAGUAUGCCUUCUAUGGUGUAAUAUAUGUAAAGAUCCUGUAAUCUGGAGAUCCAUUGACAUACACAACAUCGGCAAACUCUGCAACCUUCCCGAUUUUCUAGUAACUGCCGAUGACCUUCCUUAUGAUGUUCACAAAAUGACCCAGGUAGCAAUUGACCGGAGCUGUGGUCAAUUGAUUAAUAUCAACCUGGAAUAUAUGGGAAAUGACCACAUCCUCAAGUAUAUUACUGACAGGAAAAAUAAGUUGAAGCGACUUCGCUUUGUAUGGAGUUUCAUUACAGACGAAGGAUUAAGUGAAGCUGCUAAAAAGAUGUCAUCUAUAGAAGAACUUCAUAUUAUUUUUGGGGACAUCAAACAUGUAAGUCUUGAAACUGUUGGUCUCAACUGCCCUGGUUUAAAAUCACUCACAUUUAAAAAACUAUGUUUAUUUACUAAAACCGAGUAUAAGGAGGAGAGUGAUGAUGAAAUUAGUUUAACAAGGUACGAGGAGGACUAUGACUAUGACGAUGGAAAUGAUCCUAAUUUUGUUGCACUUUCUAUCUCAAGAACAAUGCCUCAAUUACAACACCUUAACCUUAUUGGUAAUGGAAUGACAAAUGAAGGCCUACAGGCUAUACUAGACUCUUGUCCUCGUCUAGAAUCACUUGAUCUUAGGAAGUGCUUUAGAGUUGACCUGAGAGCUGAUCUUGUGUUGGGCAAAAGAUGUUCUUCCAUAAAAGAAUUUUACCACCCCGAUGACUCUACUGAUCCUAAGGAUGAUGAUUUUCAAUCUUAUGAUGAAGCUGAUUUUGAUUUCCCCGAUAAUGAAGAUUGGCGAUGGACUGCCUUUUUCGGGGUGUACAAGUGUUAUGGGUCUGGGGCGAAAGCGGUCUGUGGAGUGUCUUUGGCUAGAGAAUUGGACUAUGAAUUGGCUCAUCCAUUUCUGUCCAAGAGCUUUGUCAAUGGAAGGCACUGGAUUGCACCUUUAGAUGCUUAA